UCAUCACCAAGCAAAAGCAACAAUGAUGUCAUGGACUUCGUCGCCCCCCAGCUGAUGAAGCCGAUCCCUCUUUCUACGGUGCUGUUUGUGAGCAAAUUCGACAUCAGCUCUAUGGGCAAGGUGUUAACGGCUCGUGAUGGUCGUUCAAUUGUGGAAAAGAUGGAAGCCAUAAAAAAGAACUUAGAAUCAUUCAAGUGGCCUAGUGCUACUAGAGCUCUCCCCGACGAGGACUAUGAGGAUGUUGAGGACGAGGAUGAUGGCGAGGAUGACAACAAGGAUGAUGACGAUGAGCUGAUGGGUGAUGAGAAUAAACCUGCAAGUGAUGUAGAACUGCAAGCCCCUAAUGAAGGUGAACAAGAAUGCAAGAAACCAAGAUUAUCAGGAAGUUUUUUAGUGCGUCUUUCAAAAAAAAGGGGAAGCUUUUAGUGGCAAGGACCGAGAGAAGUUGAGGAAGGAACAAAUAACUCCCUCAUCUGCUAAACACACAAUGAUUAUUGUGGUGCACAGGUGUUCUUUUAGAUUUGAUUAUGCAGUCCAAUUCAUGAUAUUUUUUAUAACGUGCACUUGAGUGCCAAUUGUAAAAUUUUAGUAAA